CAAGAUCAUCUGUUUUACUGAAGUUAGUUCAUUGAAGCCACCAGGGAAAACUUCCUUGUUCUUCUCCAUUGUGCGAUUGUAGAACAAGACUAUUAUUUGUCAACCGAGCCAUUGCAGAGACGGGCAGCCCUACAUACGGAACAUGCUGUUUGUGUGUCGGACUCUCCUCAUCGCUCUGAAUGCCACUGUCAGGCAAACACUCAGACUGAGCUGCCUUGUGAAACCUGCAUUCCCAUGCCCCAGGAGAUGUUUCUGCCAGAUUGUCCAACCUGGAUUUCGCUGGCCUCCCUCUGCCAUCCUCCUUGCUGGCACACCAAAGCAUGUGCGUGCCUACAUGGCCAGCACAGAAGUGGUGGAAAGACUCUUUGCGCAGAGCUCACUGCAAGACUACCUGAGGAAGCUGGAACAGGAGUAUGAGGAGUCUGUGCAGAGGCUUAAUGCCACUGAGGCUUCCCCAGGAGAAGUGGAGGGGGAAAGGACAAGGCUGCUCAGGAGGAGAGUGACUGAGCUGGAUCCGGUGGUAAUGGAACUUCAGCAGCUGAGGCUCAAAAUGCAGGAGUUGCAGGACAUUCAGGCACUGCUAAAAGAUGAGGAUAUUGAUUUGAAGAGACUUGCUGAAAGCGAAGAGUGUUCAUGUCUGGAAACCAUCCACACUCUAAAGUCCAAGAUAAUUUCACUCCUGAUCCCCCCUGAAGAAGCAGACAAUAAUGAUCUGAUUCUGGAAGUGACUGCAGGAGUCGGGGGACAGGAGGCCAUGUUGUUUACUGCCGAAAUGUUCAAAAUGUACCAGAACUACGCAUCCUACAAACACUGGCAGUUUGAAGUUCUGGAGUACUGCCAUAGUGAUCUUGGGGGUUUACGUCACGCUGUAGCUAGUGUGAGUGGCCCGGAGACCUACAAGCACAUGAAGUAUGAGGGGGGAGUGCACAGAGUUCAGCGGAUUCCCAAAACUGAAAAACAAGGCAGGACUCACACCAGCACGAUGACCGUGGCCAUCCUACCGCAGCCCACUGAGAUUGAUAUGACCAUCAACUCCAAGGAUCUGCGGAUAGAAACAAAACGUGCAAGUGGUGCUGGCGGUCAGCAUGUGAACACAACGGACAGUGCGGUGCGCAUUCUGCAUAUCCCAACAGGUGUAGCAGCUGAAUGCCAGCAGGAAAGGUCCCAGCUGACAAAUCGAGAAAAAGCAAUGCAGAUGCUGCGAGCGAAAUUAUACAGCAUGAAGCUGGAGGAGCAGAAUAACCAGAGACAAUAUGCUCGCAAGAUUCAGAUUGGGACCAAGGGAAGGUCGGAAAAAAUUCGGACAUACAACUUCCCUCAAGAUAGGAUUACAGAUCAUCGGAUUGGCAAGUCAUUUCAUGACUUGAGGACUUUCAUGAUGGGCGAGAAGCUCCUGGAUGAAAUGGUUGAAGAUCUGAAGGGCCUGGCGGACAGUGAAUCCCUCCUCGAGUUACUGGAACAGAGCGCAUCAAAGCAGCAAAAUGAACAAAGGCAUCAGUGAUGUCUCAGGGCUCUUUUUAAACUCUCAAUGAAAAGGUACCCCUUACAGUUUGAUUCAGGUCCAUGUAGAAUUCCAUUACCUUGACCUUCAGCUGUUUCUUUUGUCAUUUCAACAGUUUCCUGUAGUCAGUUCUGGAACUUCACAUCUAACAGCGCUGUUGGUGUAUAUUUCUUGUAUGGACUGCAGUGAUUCCAUUACUCUCAGCUAAUUGAGCACAAGGGAGAGGCAAUAAGUACCAGGCUUGUAAUCAAACAUAAGUGAAUCAAUAAAUAUUUGCCAGUGUUGACAAUUCUAAUAAAACCCUCUGAUGAAGGGUCUAGGCCCGAAACGUCAGCUUUUGUGCUCCUGAGAUGCUGCUUGGCCUGCUGUGUUCAUCCAGCCUCACAUUUUAUUAUCUUGGAUUCUCCAGCAUCUGCAGUUCCCAUUAUCUCUAAUAAAACUGGUGUCUGGUCUCCAGUCGACCACCUCCAUAACCCACAGAUGUGUAAGUUAGAUGGACUGGCCAUGCUAAAUUGCCCAUAGUGUCCAGGGAUGCACAGGCUAGGUGGAUUAGCUAAAGGAAAUGUAGGGUUACAGGGACAGGGUAAGGCAGUGGGUCUUGGUGGGAAGCUCUUCAUGUGGGUCAGUGUGAACUUGAUGAUGGGCUGAAUGGCCUGCUUCCACAGUGUAGGAAUUCUGUGGUAAACCCGUGCUCAUCUAAAAACCUGCUGCCAGAGUCCAGCUAUCAUCCCUGUGUCACUGACUUCCGUUAUUUCCUGAUCUGGCAAUGCUUCAUUUUUUUUUUAGAUCGUAGGGCGGCACGGUGGCUCAGUGGUUAGCACUGCAGCCUCACAGCGCCAGGGACCCGGGUUUGAUUCCAACCUUGGGCGACUGUCUGUGUGGAGUUUGCACAUUCUCCCCGUGUCUGCGUGGGUUUCCUCUGGGUGCUCCGAUUUCCUCCCACAGUCCAAAGAUGUGCGGGUUAGGUGGAUUGGCCAUGCUAAAUUGCCCAUAGUGUUCAGGGAUGUGUAGGUUAUAGGGGGAUGCUUCAAGGGGGCGGUGUGGACUUGUUGGGCCGAAGGGCAUGUUUCCAUGCUGUAGGGAAUCUAAUCUCAUCCUUGUUUUCAAAUCCCCUUUCUAUCUCUGUAAUCUCUUUUGUGGACCUCUGCAGUCUCUCCACUCCUCCAAUUCUGAUCUCCAUUUCUAUCCCAGUUUAAAUUGCAGCACUAUUGGUGGCUGUACCUUCGGUCACCCAGGCCCAGAAUUCCUGGAUUACCCUCCCGCUCCCCUAAAUCUCCUGGCUUUGCUUUUCUUCUUUUAAGGUGCUCCUUAAAUUUUCCCCUUUAAUCCAACUUUGUAUUCCUCUGUGGCUCCCAUCAAUCUUUCUGUGAUAACAAUCGCAAGUUGCUUUAGGAUGUAGUCCUGUAUUAAAGGCACUUAUAAAUCCAAGUUAUUUUUGAGGAUUUAAACAAACUAGGAGUAAAUAGCGCACCCUCUGGCUCCAUUAGGAUAAUGCAGCAAUUCAAGCCAGGAAGUACUAGGCUCCACGACUGACAUGCUGAGGUAGCAAAAAGAAGUUGCUGGAGAAACUCAAUAAGUCUGGCAGCAUCUGUGGAGAAUAAUCAGUUACCAUUCUGGAUCCAGUGACCCUUCAUCAGAACUGACUGUAGCUGGGAAAAAGCUAGCAGAUAUACUGGCGGUGGGGCCAGAAGGAGUCAUAGCAUUUCUACACCACAGAAACAGACCCAUCAGUCCAUGCUGACUAAGUUUCCCUAACUAACGUAACCCUACUUGCCUGCAUAUGGCCCACAUCCCUCCAAAUCUUUCCUAUUCAUGUACCUGUUUAAAUGUCUUUCAGAUAUUGUAACUGUAUUUGCAUCUGUCACUUCCUUUGACAGUUCAUUCCAUGUAUGAACCACCCUCUACAUGGAAAAGAGUUGCUCCACCGGUCCUUUAUAAAUCUUUCUUCUUUCAUCUAAAAAUAUUCCCCCUAGUUUUGAACUCCUGCACCCUAGGGAAAAGACCCCAUGCUAUUUGCGUUAGCUAUGCCCCUCUUGAUUUUGUAAAUCUCUCUAAGGCCACCCCUCACUUGUACAGAGGGAGGUGUCUCUUCUGUGCUAUGUUCUGAUCUGCCCUGGGUCUGGGACACCACAAUCUGCCUGAGAUGCUGCUGUGCCAUCUUAUAGAUUUGUGGAUGGCUCCUUGAUGUGAGGGAUGCCGGCGCGCGCGCGCACACACCCACACACAACCCUUGGUCAAAUGCCAUCAUCGGCUGUCCCUCCAGUUCAUGGAUAUGGCUACCCCAUCCCGUGGUCCUGCUACAGGUCUUUAUGUGAGUAAACAUGACGAUUCUUGACUCAUGGAUCUUUGGGCACAACGGGCAGGAAUUCCUGUGUCAUCAAAGAGCAUAACAAUGGUAAUUACUAUGAGUUCAGAUGAAAGAAUAAUGUUGUAUUGCCAUAGUCAUACCAAACCACAGGACUGCCUUUGAGACGGGUGACUGGUGGUGAUUAAACCUGAGGGCCACGAUGUCUCAGGCGACUGGAGAGGUUUGGAAGGAGAGUCCUUUGUGGUAACCUCAGCCAGUGAUGGGAAUUGAAUCCACACUGUUGGUAUUUCACUGCUUCGCAAAUCAACUAUGUGACCAACUGAGCUAAACCGACCCAAAUGAAAGAUUGAGCGCGUGGGAGAGGUAUCAGGAGAGAUCGGGAAACAAAACAGUAAUGUACCUGCACUUACAGUGAACUUGUAUGAACAUUUUUAGUAGCAGCUCAGUUGUAAUGGUGGAUAUUCAGCUAUCUCAAAGCCCAUUGAAGCAGAGUGGAAUCAAGCCAUUGUCAAUUCCAAGGGACUGCUAAAGAUUUUUUCUGGGUCUGUGUAAACCUGAAUGCAGAUAACGACCUUAAUCUACUUGAUAAGAGGUACAAAGGUAUGUGAAUUAAAGGUCAGAGGUAGGAUGUGGCUGAAUUUGAGCUUACUUCCUCAUCAAGUAAAUUGGCAGCUACCUUGGGAUGAGAAUCAUAGGGCAGGAAUAGACCACACGUCCCACUGUGCAGACUGUCCAUUUUGCAUUCUGUUCAAAUCAAUGAGAUAUCAGGCAUUAUCCAAGAAGGGGAAAGACUGGUGGAGCUGAUCAAUCAAUAGGAUUAGAAAAUAACUCCCCAACCUUUGCACCACACCCUCAGAAACCAGCACAGCUUGAUGUGAAGGAGAUAACAGGAACUGCAGAUGCUGGAGAAUCCGAGAUAACAAGGUAUAGAGCUGGAUGAACGCAGCAGGCCAAGCAGCAUCUUAGGAGCAGGAAAGCUGAUGUUUCGGGCCUAUUUGGUUUAUUUGAGGUGGUGAGGAGGAUGGUUUUGGCAGACAGAGUAGAUAUGCUUGUUUGCUUUAAGUAUCAAACUGUGCAGCCCAAGACAGAAUAGCUCAAAACUUACUUCUUUGUUAGUCAGUGUCAGGGAGGAGGGGAAGAUCUGACAGUGAUGCCUUUUAGAUCAGUAAGAAUGCUCAUGUUAAAUAAGUCAUGGAAGAGAGUCUACACACUGUUCCAUUCAUUACAACAGCAACUUUGCAUUGAUAGAAUCUCAAAGUAAAAUUCAGAACAGAAUGACAUGGAGCCAAGGACGGGUUAAGAGAAUUGAUUUGACAAAAGAGCUUGAGGAGAGGGUGGAAGAAUUUGGAAAUGGAUUUUCAGAAUAUGGGGCUGAGCCAGUUGAAGACAUCUCCAGCAUUUUGGGACUCACGUGAGGCCAGAGAUUUGAAUCUGAGAAAGAUAUUUUAGAGGGAACAAGCAAAAUACAGUCUAACAUCAGAGCAGAUUACAGACAAAAGGCAGAAGUGAGAGGAUUUUUAAAUGAUAUUGAAGAAUGCAGGCAUAUGUGUGGAUCAGCAAUGACACCAUGAUGAGUGAGUAGGUGUAGAUGUAUUGAAAUUCCCAAUAAGCUGGAAACUUAGGCAGAAAAAUGUAGAGCUAAUGGGACUUGUCUGUUGUUGGAGUAGGAUACUACCUUAUCAGUAUACGUUCAGUUGGAUGUUCGUCAAUCCUGGAAAUACUUUGAAGAAAGAAAGUAGCUUGAGUUAAGGAGAUUUGGGCAAUUCUAGAUCUUGGGGACAAUUGAAAGCAUGGCUGACAAUUAGUAGAGUAAUUAAAAAUCUAAAGAUGUUACAACUAAAGGAGCACAGAUUUCAGACAAUUAUGGGCUGAAGGACAUUAGAGACAGAGAAAGCUGAAGCCAUGGAGGGAUUGAAAACAAAGCUGAGAAUUUUGAUUCUGAUGUGUGUUUUAAUUUGGAAUGAGUGUAGAUUAGUGAGGGAUGUUAGUGAACAGAAUCCAGCAGCAGAUGCAUGGAGCGACCAUACAGUGCUCCAAAUAAGUCACCAUCCCGACUUGGAAAUGUUUUGCUGUUUCUUCACUGCUGCUGGGUUAAAAACACACCCUAACAGUAGUAUUACUAAUUAUGGUAACAAACGUGUGGAUGUGGGUUUCAGCAGAUGAGCAAAGUCAGGGGUGUGGUUGGAUCAUGUUGUGGGGAUGGAAAUAGGCUAUUUUAGUGAUGGAAUGGAUAUGGCAUCAGAAACGUACCAAGUAGGCAAAUGUGACACCAAGGUUUUAAACAGACUGAUUACGUUUCAGGAAAAAAAACAAAUAAAACAAAUGCAACUUAACAAGUCAAGCCAUAUUCUUGCACUCAUAUUUCUGAAGUUGAAUGUUUUAUUUUCUUUUCUGAUAAUAGGUCUGAUGGAUACUCGUGUCAUUUCAAUGGAUAAGUGCAGCAAAACAAAUAUCCCAGUUUACAGUCUUAGUAGGUGUCCCCUUAUGUGCAAUGUUUGAUCACAUCUCAAUUUGCUUAACUUACUGACAGUGUUAAUGGGAUGGAGACUUUUGGUACUUACCUGUCCUGAGGGCAAGCUGUCCUCCAAAUGCUGAAAUCACCAGACUACCCCGUUCAAAUUUGACCAUGGUUGCUCCGCCCGCCCAUGUUUUGGGAUUCAGCUUGCAAGCUCUGAGGAAGCGUCACUUGACCCAAAACUUUAGCGAUGAUUUCGGUCCACAAAUGCUGGCAGACCUGCUGAGCUUUUCCAUCAAUUUCUGUGUUUUGUUGCAAGGUUUGAGAUUGGCUUUCAGAUUGUCUGUCUGUGUCUUUGCAUUUAAGUUUGGGAUGCCCUAUGCUCACUUAGCUGGAGAGUACUGCCUUUGGAAUGUAAGAAUCCUACCUGUCACACCACAAACACAGAAAAACUGAGCUCUGAUGUGCAUAUUCUCCUUGCCCUUGUAUGCAGCUGUAUGAAGAUGUAUUAGCCAAAUUAUUCAUUUUAUAAUAUAAUUGAUUAUAUCUUGAACUUUUAAUUACUCUCUCUACAACAGCAACAAUGUUACACUUAGAAAGAACAAGCAGCUAAGAAUGGAGUUACCAAGUCUGCAACACUUUCAGAGAUGGCUCACGUCUCUUUGGUUUACGGGUGACAGAAUAUGCUGGACUUGAAUGUAAAGUCGGGAGCAACAGCCCUUUGCACUUCACAGAGAUUUCUUCUUUGAGGAUUGUGAAAUCGUGCAAAUCUUUACCACAGAGGGCAGUUGAGGCUGAGAUGAUAGACAAAUUUUGAAUCAGUAGGCAAACCAGGGAUUACAGUGAAAAAGCGAGAAAGUGGAGUUGAGUGGCAUUAAAUGGCACAGCAGACUCGCUGGGCUAAAUAGGUCACUACUGUUAUACCAUAAGACAGAAGUUUCGUUUGCAAACAAAAAUUAUUUAUUUGUUAUUUAAGGAACCAAGCUGAGUUGGUUCUGACACUGAUCCAUGUAUUGCAGAAUCACAACAUUCGAGUGGUGCAGAAGCUGGCUGCUUGGCCUGCAUAUUAACUUGGUGUCAAUCUCCUGCCUUUUAUCUGUAACCCUAUAAAUGGCGUCUAUUUAAAUAAUAAUUUAAAUAACCAUCCAUUACUCCCAUGAUUGCCUCAAUUGCCCCACCCCCAACACUUCAAGGCUGUGCAUUCCAAAUCCUAAGUACUCACUUCCUUUUCCCCCCUCAUCUCAAAUUUUCUUCUUUUGCAAAACACUUUAAAAAUGUGCCCUCUGGUUCUCAAUCUGUUUGCAAACAUAAAUUGUUUCUCCCUAUCUACUCUUUCCAGACCCCUGAUGAUUUUGAAAACUUCUAACAAAUUUCCUUUUAGCCUUCUCCUAAGGAAAACAGUCCCAAUUUCUCCGGUCUCUCCAUAACUGAAGUGUUGCACUCUUGGAAGCGUUCUCAUAAACUGCUUCUGAACUGUGUCCAAUGCAAUCACUUCUUUCUUAUAUUGUGGCAGCCAGAACUGUACGCAGUAGUCUAGGAGAGGUCUAACCAUUGUUUUAUAUAAAUGCAUCAUUACCUCCUGGUUCUUGUACUUUAUCUCCCUAUUUAUGAAGGUGAGAAUACCAUAUACUUUAUUACCAGUAACAUAUAUAUACUCGGGUCUCUC